UCAGCGCUGGCCAAAGGACGAAGGGAAAACGUCAAAACGAGCUGAUUAUUUUUCUAGGCAACAACUUUUCACGAAGCCAAUUUGGUUACGGAAUUUGCUAAAAUGUUACUUAAAGACAUUGCUCGGUUUUCACUACAACAUCGCACGCUUUACUGUUAUUUAAUUUUAAGCAUUUGGAUAUUCUUGCUAAUUGCAGGAAUGUAUAAAUAUAUUGGUUCAAUCGAGAAUAGCAAUAAUGCGCUUAGUUCGAAAAAUUUUCUGUACAAGAAGCAACAUCUGUUUCUGGAUAAACAAGAUUUUGAAAGAACAAAAAAGAUUGACAUUGAUGUAUGCAAUCAUCCUCUUACCAUCGGAAUAGGAGAGGAAGGUGGUGUGUUGGAUGGAUGGUCGCUGCAGGGUGUGCUGCUUCUCAUACGCCAUGGUGACCGUGGUCCGAUGACACAUGUACGUGGCAUAGACUCUAUCGACUGUAGUCACGAGGGUGAUAGCGAACUAACAAAAUACCACCACUAUCUUACAAACAGUAGCUCUACAACAACUGCAGGGCAUUGGAUGAAAACUGGCCCAUUUCACAGUUUUCCGUUGCUUCCGUCCAGUUCGAAGGCAUGUUUGUUGGGGCAGUUAACGCAAAAAGGAAUUGCUCAGCUAUUGCGAGUUGGUGAUGUCAUCCGUCAAGCAUAUGCCCACUCCUUAUCAUUAUAUGCUCGAACUUCAAUCCAAACCAGAACUACACCGUUCAAUUCUUCCGACACAAACGGACCUACUACUUAUAGUGCAGAAGAUAUCGUUAUCUUUUCGACCCGCUAUCGCAGAACGUUUCAAUCUGCUAUGGCUCUCAUGUUUAGCAUAGUACAACCAGAAAAAUGGCAAUCGUUGCAGAUUCAAGAAAGUCACAGCUUAUCUUUCUGCUUCACUGACUGUGCGUGUCCCCAAGCAGAUAAUUUAAAGAAGCAACUGGAUAGAGAUAGCAAAUUAUCUUUAGAAACCCAUCCGGCAAUCGGAGCCAUUGUCCAGUGGAUGGGAGCAACCGUUCUUCAAAAUCAACCAACUGCUGGUCAAUCCAGUCCACUGGAAGUGCGUGAUGCUAUACUAUCUCACAUCUGUCAUGAUGCUCCACUGCCGUGUCGGAAAAUAUCACUCGGCAUCCAUGAGAAACGCAAUUCACCUAGUAGCAGCACUCAAGAUCCGCAAGACGUUAUUAAUAUUGAUCAAGAUGACAGCGCUAUUAUCUUCGCUAAUCAUCAGAGCCAGCCGGUUAACACCGAAGAUCCAGAUGAUGUAUAUCCUACUGGUGAACAGGAGCCUGAGAUUGAAGGAUGUGUGGAAAAAAGUUACGUGGCCGCCCUAAUGUCUUAUACGCAAUGGGCUGGCUUACGCGAAUGGAAGAGCGUUAAAAUGCACCAACAAGGAUUGCUCCGAGCCUAUGGAUUCUUGCGUAAUAUAGUUGGUUACAUGUUAAAAAUGAUUUCCGGGGAUAAGGUCAAAUUUGUGCUAUAUUCUGGUCAUGAUAAAACUAUGGAGUUUCUCAUGACGGCUCUUGGACUGUCAAUUGACAACCCUUUCAUUCCUUAUGCAUCAAGAAUGGCUUUCGAAGUGUAUAAGAGUGAUAAGGAUACGCAGUAUUAUUUUCGCUUACUCCACAACGGAAAAGAUGUGACAAAUGCUAUUGGAGUAUGCGAGGGCGGUAAAAGUUUGAGCGUUGCUCGUGGCAUCAGAGGAGAUCGGGCUAACCUUUGUCCGAUUGAAAAUAUUAUACGGUUUCUUCACGACGACUAUUUUCGUCCCCUGAAUGCUACCAACUUCAAGGAUGCAUGCGCAGCACAAAAGGAACCAUAUUUUUAAUCACAUUACUUAUUUGAAAGUUGUUCACCGUUCAUACUUGUGUUCUAUCUGUGAUAAAUGUGUAAAUGCAAAUAUACCUAAUUUAUUUAAUCUUACUUUUUUAAUAGUAAGCAUCUUAAAAAUGUUCGAGUCGAUCGAAUGCUAUGACAAAAAUAUGAAAUCAUAUCAAUUUAACAAUUCUCAAUAUACCUAAAGAUAUACCUGUGUUUACAAUUAUUUUUAGAUUAUCGACUUUUUGAUACGUUACUCGAAAAUAAAAAAGAAGAACAGUAGAGAUAGUA